AUGACCACCCAAAAUGACGACGUCGAAUUCUGUACUUUGGGAAUGUUCAUUAUUGAUGAUAUUGAUUUUGGAGGUAUAAGGCCGGGAGUCAAGGAUAUCACCGGUGGUGCAGCCUCCUUUGCAGUAAUUGGUGCACGCUUGGUUUCAGGCUCCAAGCAUGCGCGAGCUGUUAGCUGGAUUGUAGAUGUUGGCUCGGAUUUCCCAUCGGAGACCCUCGCUGUGAUCAAAUCAUGGAAUACCGACUGUCUCUUCAGGGAGGAUACCAGCAGACUAACCACGAGGGCGUGGAACGGAUAUCAUCCCAAUGAGCAACGAGACUUCAAAUACUUGACUCCAAAACUGAGACUGGAGCCUGAAAUGCUUUCUGACAAACAAUUAUGGUCGAAAACAUUUCACAUGGUGUGUUCCGCAUCCCGCUGCAUUUAUAUAGUGCAGACCAUCUUGCAGCGACGAGAGGGUUUGCACAAGGCGGGGAAGUCCCCGUCCGCAGCACAUGCAUUGCAGCGCCCUAUAUUCGUCUGGGAACCUGUUCCAGACCUCUGCACCCCAGAGGAACAACAUAAUUUCUUCGCCGCAAACAAAGUUGUGGACGUGGUAAGUCCAAACCACAUGGAACUUGGCAUGAUGUUCGAUCAGUCCAGCUGGACCGAGGACAGCCAAGACGGUCGGGACUUGGUCAGAACAAUUACAGAGUCCGGCAUCGGGCCAGAUGGGAAUGGCAUGCUGGUGAUUCGAGCCGGAAAGGACGGCAGCUACGCCUACUCUAAGAACUGCAAGAUUUGGCUUCCCGCGUACCACCAGCCAGACGCUUCGGGUUCCUCGCCUGUCAUCGACCCCACAGGCGCUGGUAACUCUUUCCUGGGCGCUUUAGCGCAGGGAAUGGUGACUACAGGCCGGGAGCCCUUUCAAGUCAUCCAGUCUGUCUUAUCCCAGUCAGAAAACUGGGAGAAGGGGCUUGACUCGUGGGGGAGCUACCAGAACUAUCCCAUGGCGCUCAUUUGCGCAACUGUUGCAGCGGGUUUCGUGGUGGAACAAAUUGGUGUUCCCCAAAUUAGCGAUGAGAAUGGAGAGGAAUUGUGGAAUCAAUCUGGAUUCACGGAACGUGUCCGCCUGUACACGCAGCGAUUAUCGAAGACACUUGAAGAGUCUCCCCGGAAGCACCUGCUGACCAAUUGA